AUGCCAAGACCUUCGCGAGAUUCAUAUGGCGAUCAAAAGCCUCCAUAUUCUUAUAUUUCAUUAACGGCUAUGGCAAUUUGGAACUCACCAGAACGAAUGUUACCUCUCAGUGAUAUAUAUAAAUUUAUUAUUGAUCGGUUUCCUUAUUAUCGGAAAAAUACACAACGCUGGCAAAAUUCAUUGCGUCACAAUCUCAGCUUUAAUGAUUGUUUCAUAAAAGUUCCUCGGAUGCCAGACCGCCCCGGCAAAGGUGCGUACUGGACACUUCAUCCACAGGCCUUGGACAUGUUUGAUAAUGGCAGUUUAUUACGCCGACGGAAACGUUUUAAGCUACACAAGCAUGAUAAAGACUAUUUAAAGGAGGAGUUAGCCACGUUAGCUAAUCUAAAUCGUUUUUUUUUUAACAGUAGCAGUACAAAUAAUGCUCCAGUAACACCAGUCAAAGUUCCACUUGCCGGUGAUUCUACACUAUAUUUAUCGAAUUUUCCUGUUACUCCUACAUUGACUGAACAUUCUGAUGGAUCAAGGCACCCUGUUCCGAAUUCGUCUCCUCCCACUUCUUCAUUAGGGAUAGGAUAUCAUCAAACAGCAAUGGCCGCGAGUACUCCCACAUUUUCGAAUUGGUUACCUCAAUCUCAGGCACUGUCUCCAAUGCUGGAUGUAACUACUGUUAUCAGCAAAUACCGACCAAAACGUUCUUUCACUAUUGAAAGUCUUAUAACACCUGACAGACUAGAUUCAAUGUCUAUCAAAAGUGUAGAAAAACACACUGUCGAAUCGAGCCGCCAAAUUUUACCUCAUCUCUGCUCUGCUAUUAAUGAAGAAAUGAGCCAAAAAUCAUUGCCCCCGCUUCAUACUAUUACUUCGACUGCACCAUUUCUGCAUUAUUCUACUGGAGUUAAUAACAUGAACGUGGACCACUGCAGAAAUCCUACAUCGAUGUAUGAUAUUCCUGUGCAUCCCAUUUUAAUGAUGAAAUCGCCGCUUCAAGGCCUAACGCCUUUGUACUAUGCGAAUAUAGAUCUCUCAACAAGCCAGCACACAACAACUAGUACACAGCAUCGACUGAGUUCCAGUCUACGAACUGUAUGA